ACUGAGUCCUCUCUUCUACGACACUAACGUCGGAAUCUUCUGCAAUCUGAAUCUUCUCUCUCUCAACUUUUCUCUCUCUAAACCAUCUAAUUCCCCUUCCCCAAUCGCCGUCGUUGCUCGAGAUGGCGUCGAUCGGGAUCCCCACCGCCGGAAAAUUAACGACCGGCCGCCCCUCUCUUCAUCCCGCAAACAAACCAAAUCAAAAUUUCACCACAAUCCGAACGAAGAAAUUCAAACCCCCACGGCAAUUCACCUCCGCAUCGAUCGGGCCAACACUUCCCCCAGCUCAUCACGGAAGCGAGGAAUCGAUCGAUUCGGGCACCAGAGGCGGCGAUCCUCCUCUGGCGAAAAUCGAUUCGUGGGUGCAGGAUUCGGUGCCAGACAUUGUUAAGAACCUAAAGCAGGCGCCGCUGCUGGUGCAAAUUUAUUCCGGAUUGGACGGCGGGGUGAGGAUUGAGACGGAGAAGGCCGUGGCGGAGGAAUGGCCGGCGGCGAGAGAGGGGUGGCGGAGCGGGGAAUCGAAGUCGCCGGAUGGAUUGAUCUUCGUGGAGGAGUUAGAGAGAGAGAGUGAAUCGGGGGAGGAAUCGGAAUCGGAAUUGGGGGUGACGAAGGCUUGGGGGAUUGUGGUGCAGGGAAAGGGGGCAGAGUGUGGGCCGGCGUGCUAUUUGCUGAAGACGGAUCGGGUGUGUGCGGGUGUAGGGUUAGGGUUCUGUACCCACUUCUGCUUGAUGAAGGUGAAUAAUUUUAGGGAUUCUGCGCUGGAUCAGUUCAAGGAUUCUUGGCUGCUGCAGUGAAUUCAUUUGCACAGAUUGUUAAGACUUAUUAGGUGUAUUAUAGAUUAAUUGAAUUGAAUAAACAAGAUUCUUGAUUCAAA